AUGGCGCCAGGUCUCGCUCGCAAGUAUGAAAUCAAUGCCGAUAUGGGCGAAGGCUUUGGGCGAUGGAAGAUGGGUCCCGAUGAAGAGUUGAUGCCAUUUAUUGAUGCUGCAAAUAUUGCUUGCGGCUUUCAUGCCGGCGAUCCUUCUAUUAUGCUCAAGACUAUUCGUCUUUGUAAAAAGCACGGCGUUAGAGCUGGUGCUCACCCUGGAUUGCAAGAUUUGUUCGGCUUUGGUCGAAGAAAGAUGGAAAUCGACGUCGAUGACAUGUACGCCAUGGUUCUCUAUCAAGUUGGUUCUCUCAAAGCCAUGCUAGAUGCUGAGGGCGUGGAGCUUUCUCACAUCAAGCCUCAUGGGGAACUCUUUUUCUACAUGCAAAGGGAUCUGGCCAUCAUGAGAGCUGUAUUGGAGGCAUGCGCGACUUUUAAAGUACCCGUUUAUGCCUCUCAGAAUCCCGAACAAGAAGCAAUGUGUAAGGAGAUGGGUAUUCUAUUUCAAGGGGAGGUUUAUGUCGACAUAGAUUAUUCACCAGAAGGAAAGUUGGUGCCUGUUGCUCAAUCUCAACAGGUUACGCCAGAACUCUGUUAUGAACGAGCAAUUGGGGCGACAAUGACUGAUACUGGGAAGGACAUUAACGGGAACAAGUUCGGCUUUGGCUUUGACGGUAGGCCCUUUAGCAUCUGCCUUCACUCCGACGCACCCACAGUCCUUCAGAAUGCAAAGGUAGUACGACAAGCUGUUGAUGAAGCCAACCGGUCCAAGUUUGCAUCGGAAAUCAACGGAGUCAAUCAUAGAGCGUAG